GCGCGAGAGAUGAGAAGGGGAGCGAAGCCGAGAGACAGGAUUUGCGUUUUGGAAUCUGCUGCUUCAUUCGGUUCAGACAAGGAGGGCCGUACUUUUUAAUGGGGAAGCGACAGGAGCCACAGACGGAAGCCGAAGCGUGCAGGGUUUGGAGGUUGGAGCUCGCUGCUGCUGCUGCUGCACUUCUGUUGGAUUGGAUCGGGUCGGAUCGGAUGGAAGGUGAGUUGCGCGCUUGAGGCUCGAGCACGUCGGUGCCGUCGAACGGCGGACGGAACGGAACGAGGCCUUGAUUGGUAUCCACCGCCUCAUCCCCUGCGGCUUGCGGCCCGAAUUCGCGAGGCUCGCCGUAGCGCCCGAGUUCGCGCCAUGGGCAACGUGUGUUUCUGCGCCUCCAAGGUCAGCAUUUGUUCCUCUGUAGGAUUAGCUAUGGCGUCGAAUCUCAGAAUCUUGACCCAUAAAAAUCCUAGCACUUGUCAAUUCGCGUGGUCGUCGUCCCCGUGGCAAAGAAAGUUGUACAACACCUGUUCUAGUUUUAGCGAGAGAAAUUCGUCGGUGUGCACAAUGCGUAGCUUAGCCUGGGCCGCUUCUCCUGCACCAGCAGCUGUCGGGGCGAAGCCCUUGGGAAGUUGUAACAGAAAACAUGUAAUAAAGAAGCAGUGGAGCAGGGAUGGGCUUGAAUUCUGUCGCGUCGCGGGAUUGAGGCACGGAGUGGUAAAGGUCAGAGGGAGUUGCACGUAUAGACCGAAUGUCGUUGUCACCACCGAAGGUCCCGCGGAUCUUUCAUUUGAAUCGAGUUCUGGCCAGGUAAAUGGGGAUGCGGAAAAUGACGAUGGUUCGGACGGGACUCAAUUCCCUCGCGGAGGGAACAUUGCAUCUCCCACGCGCAUAGUGAACGUAAAAGGUGAGAAUGCCGUGAGCAGCGCAUCGCAAAUAGCCAUGAUGGCCGAACUGGAGGAUGCCCUCGGGUUCCCGCUCGGUCAAGGUCCACAAUCGCCCAGCCCCAAACCUCUGGUAAUUGUCAUAAGCGGCCCGAGUGGCGUGGGAAAAGACGCCGUGAUCAAGCAAUUGCAGCAUGUGCGCGGGGACAUCCACUUCGUCGUGACCGCUACGACGAGACCAAUGAGGCCCGGCGAAGUGGAUGGUGUGGAUUAUUUUUUUAUGAGCCGGACGGAAUUCCAGGAAAUGAUUGAGAACCAUGAGCUUCUAGAACACGCAAUUGUGUACGGAGAUUAUAAGGGAAUUCCGAAGCAGCAGGUGCGAGAGUGUAUGAACAUGGGUAUGGACGUCGUCUUGAGGGUGGAUGUCCAAGGAGCAGCCACCGUACGCGCAAUUCUGGGCUCAGAAGCAGUGUUUAUUUUCCUAGUAGCUGAGAGCGAAGUGGCAUUAGUAAGGAGACUUAUUGAGCGGAAGACUGAAACUAUGGACAAGAUGCUCGUGAGAGUAGCCACGGCCAGAGAGGAGUUAACACGAAUGGAAGAAUUCGAUUACGUGGUAGUCAAUGCGGAAGGCAUGCUCGACAAUACGGUUGGGUUAAUAUGCUCGAUUAUUGAUGCAGAGAAGGCGAGGGUGAAGCCCAAGGCCGCAGAGCUCUAGUAUCUUAUCUCAGCUGUUAUGAUCACAGGUGAACCCAUAUGCGCCUGUGAGCUAUUUGCUUCAUGUUUCCAAUGAAGCUUUUUUCACGCCCAUAUUUGAGUUGCAAUUGCAACAUGUAGAAAGUAUAGGAUGCAGCAGCUAUACGGGAGGAUGUUCAUUCACCUGGGCAAAUGUCCGAGGAGACCUCUUGGAGGAUCGAGAACACCUUCAAGCUGCCUGAUGAACCUUUGUGGACCUAUAUUAGAAACCUGUCUCCCGUCUCAUGAUCUCAUGGCUUUGUUCACUGCUAGAAGAUGAGAUUUCUGAGAAGCGAUCAUCGGCAUUUGCAACCAUCCAGGAUUGUGUUUUAGAUUCGUGGUAAAACAAUCCUUAUAUGUAGGUCUAGGGAUUUCCUUAGAAAGUGAAGGGUGGGAACUCCAAAACUUUUUGUGGAAAAGUAAACAAGGAGGAUAGUCGUGCGAAUAGGAAUGCACAUAUGUGCUUUGUAACAUAGUACUGCCAAUCGGUAAGAAUUUUGAAACUAAGAUGGAAUCUUUCAAGGAGAGUUAGUAUGUGGAUGACAAGUCCGUCUCAUGUGGCUCAGUUAUGAGCAUGUCACAUGGUCUUUGAAAUCUUCGUAGGCUCUCUGCGGAUGAAGCCUGGAAGGAUAUAACAAUCGUCCACAAGAGUUAUCGGACGAUCUCGACGUGAAAGAUUCCUCAUAGUUCUUCAGACCUACUCUUAAGUAUCCUUUU